CAACACUACAAAUCUAUUACAUUUAUUGAGGUAUGAUGUGAUAUCAUCGAAUGUGCCAUUAUUCUAUGGACUUAACAGGAAUGUUGAUAAUAAAAGCAAGACUCGGUGACGAGUUUAGAAGGGUGCCAAUCCACAACGAGGACAUUACUUACGAUGAACUUCUGCUCAUGUUGCAAAGGCUGUUCCCAAAGUGUUUGUCACCUACCGAUGAUGUUUUACUAAAAUACAAGGAUGAAGACGGUGAUUUGAUAUCAAUUGCUGAUGGAUCUGAUUUAAUGUACGCUAAAGCGUACAGUAGAACUUUAUCUCUUACAAUAUUUGUGAAAGGAAGAGAUAUUCCGGCUGUAGACAUAUCUACGGUACGAGCCAUGCGAACAGAGUUGGUUUCACUCCGAGACAGAAUAAACCGAAUACUCGAUAAGUUGGAGGAUACAUAUCCUGAGCCACCUAAACCCACUACUCCUCAGAUUACCGAAACCGUUGAAGUGAAGAAGCCGGUUGUAGCAGCAGUAAAGCACGACCCAGCCACGACGGCAGAGUUUGAUCCUCUGAACAGCAGUGGCAGGGCUCCCAACAAGCAGGAAGUUAAACCCAGCCAAUCUGCAGCCAGUUCCCUUUCAAGCGGGAGCAGUGCAACAUUCCAAAUGAAAAACGGAGGUCGCAGUGAGUACGACAUGACCAAGCAGACUGUGACAGUAACACCCAGCCCCCAACAAGGACCCUCCUCCCGCACUGAGCCAGAACCUGUCACACCAACUCAAAGUGUGAGCAGUCAGCAGCAGAGUGUGAGCAGCCAGCCGUCCCAGCCGUCCCAGCCGAGUGUUGCACCAAAUCAGCAGACUCCACCCAGCCAGCCUGCAAGUAAUCCUAAUUCGCCCCACCCAACUGCUUCGGUCACCGCCACUAGUGUACAUUACCAACAUUACAGACCUGGCCAGUUACAGGUCAGUGGAGGUACAGCUGCGCCCAACAUGCAGGGAGGUGCAAUGCAGCCCCCAACUCAGCAGCAGCCCCCAACUCAGCAACAUUUUCAGCACUACCCUCCCCAACACGCGUACCAGCCACAGUACGCACCACAGCACCAGCAACCGCCUCCCCCUCCUCCUCAACAACAAAACUACUACGGAACACAGCCUCCUACUGCCACGCCUCCCUCCUCCCAGCCUGCUUACUACCCGCAGGGCCCCACCGCAGUUAGACCCGGCAACAUGAGCGCCACUGGAGCAGGAUUCCAAGGCUACCCUGCUCAACCCUACCCCAAUCCUGGAUAUCCCAGCUAUUGAAGUAGUGGUAUCAGCUGCCAACGGAGGUGAACGUUCGUAAGGGACCGUAAAUGCUCGUUACACUAGCAUUACUCAAAAUCAACGGUAGCAGACAAAUGAAAUGUUUCGACGAACGUACGUGGAGUGUCUUUUGGUACAGUGAUUUUCUAGCUUCGAUGUAGAUAGAAAUUAUAUUUGUUUAUAUAAGGAUCAUUUUUGGUCCAAAUCUUUGCUGUUGCAAGCGGCCAAGUGAGGAAUUGUUAUCAUUGGCUAGAAGAAAAAAAAUGAAGUUUCCAUUAAACACGGUCAUUAAAAUAGAUAUUUGGAUCCCUCCAAGUUAUAGUAAUUGUUCAUAAGUUGUUGAAAAAACGUGUCCUUAAUUAAGAUAAUCAUGCAAGCUUGCCAGACAUGGUGAAUUUGUAUAUUACUAUUAGUUCACAAAUAUUUUAUUAAUAAAGCCUAACAAUUGCCUAAAAUAGAACAUUUUCCGAAAUUGACCUUGUGACCUGAUUACAACUGCAACUGCUCUAAAUACUCAACUUGGGAUUGUUUUUGAUCAAAUUUGUUCUUCAAUUAAUAUGCUAUUUGACCAUCGCUGAUUCAUAUUUUUUUUCGUAGAAAAAUCGCCAGAGAGAAAGAUUGUAGAUGAUAGCUUUAACUUGAUUGUUUAACUUGAUUCAACUUUAUGUUUAUAAAAACUUAUAAAUAUGUGAACGAGAUUCAUUCUUAUUUUAUAUAUUUGCAUCGUCGUGAGAGAUGACGGAUUUUUCUUAAGAAGUUUUCAGUGCGAAAUUUACUGAAAAAUUGACAUUAUUAUUUUGUUGGGACCUUUUAAAUUAAGUUCAUCUGCGAGUUUUAGUCCUCGAGAAUUUUUGCCUCAGAAAAAUUUAAAACCUACCGAAAUUGCCUAUGUUUAUUUAGAGAAUUAAAAAACUUGAAUUUUGUAAAACAUGA